AUGGCGCUUCCCCCAAAGUUCGCCGGCCAAAAGCUGGUAUUCAACACGCCCGCCGCCACGGCCCCGACCCCGCCCGCGCAACAUACACUGGAACUCUUCCUCGACUACGUGUGCCCGUUCAGCGCCAAGCAGUUCAACACCAUCUACAACGUGGUCGCGCCCAUGGUGCGCGAAAAACCAUCCUGGGCCUCAAGCCUCCAAUUCGUGUUCCGCCAGCAGGUGCAGCCAUGGCACCCAUCCUCAACGCUGACGCACGAGUCGGCCGUCGCGGUACUACGACUCGCGCCCGAGAAGUACUGGGCCUUCAGCGACGCCCUGUUCCGCGAGCAGAAGGCCUUCUUCGAUGUCAAUGUGGUCAACGAGACGCGCAACGACACCUACAGGCGGCUGGCUAAGAUCGGCGCCUUUGUCGGUGUUGAUGAGGAUGCUAUGUAUGGGUUGUUGGCUAUCCCGGAUCAUGCGGCUGAGGAUGGCAGUCUGAAUGUCGGCAAUGGUGUUACGAACGACCUUAAGGUCAUGGUUAAGAUGGCAAGGCUGGUCGGCGUGCAUGUGAGCCCCACGGUCAUCUUUGAUGGGGUUGUUGCUGGCGAUAUCAGCUCUGGGUGGACGAAGGAGCAGUGGCAUGAGUGGUUGACUAAGAACCUUGCUUGA